ACUAAUCUCACUAAUCUCGGGUCGACACAUUUCAUCGAGGAGUACCGAACCGCUGCACUAUAUCUGCUACCGAGUGCUACAGCGCGGCUACACCAGUGUCGAGUCUCCGUCAUAUGUGUCUCGGAGCCGAUGCUGAAAUGCCCAGCAAUCCGACAGUUUUAGGAUAACUUUCUUUCGCCACGGUGUGGCUAGGUCGUAGUAGUUUCCCCGUUUUCACGUUUCAACCGCCUCCGCAAUGGAUUAUCCGAGCAGGAAGCUGUCCACUUCCGGGGAUUCGUUGUAUGAAACGUUGGGACUUCCAAAGACCUCGACGCCAGAAGACAUCAAGCGCACUUAUCGAAGACUAGCUCUCAAGUACCACCCAGACAAGAACCCAGACAAUCCUGAAGCAGCUGAAAAGUUCAAGGACAUCAACAGGGCGCACUCCAUCCUCACGGACAUGACAAAGCGCAACAUCUACGACAACUACGGCUCCCUGGGUCUCUACGUGGCGGAGCAGUUUGGCGAAGAGAACGUGAACACAUACUUUGUCCUCACCAGCGGCUGGUGCAAGGCGCUGUUUAUCUUCUGUGGAGUGAUCACCGGGUGUUACCUGUGCUGCUGCUUUUGCUGCUGCUGCAACUUCUGCUGCGGCAAAUGCAAGCCCAAGCCCCCAGAGGAAGCUGGCGACUAUGCCAACCUGCACGAAGGAAAAAGUGAAGCCGCCAGGGCUAGCGCCGUCCGCAAGGAGGAGUACAGCAGUGAAGAGGGCCAGAGCCCCGUGACCUCGCAGCCGACUUCGGCGGCCAAGAUGGACGCCCCCGGCUCGGUGCCCAUUGCAAUGCCGCCUCCCCCGGCGGCGGACGGCACUCCCAGCGAGACGACCAACCUGAGCUCGAGCCAACACAACACCUACAUGACGCACGAGGCAGCUGCAUUUGGUUCUGCGCAAGUUGGCAGCAACCUGCAGUAAAAAGCGCCGCCAUUUCCGCCGCCGGCGUCGUCUGCUACCUGCACCGCCUGCUGCUGGACAGCGAGCUUUGCUGCCAGAGUUUGUUUGCCAGGCGAUUAUUGUUGCUGUUGCUUCUGGUUGUUUGGUGCCGGGGCACAUUCCAAAGAGCCACACUUUUCUAUGUUCAUCUUGUUGCCUCGGUCUUCAAAUUGGAGAGGUGUGAACUGGUUAUAAUGUUGGGACCUUUCUUUAAAGUUGCUCCUUAGUCUUGGUGAUUAUCUUCAUUCACUUUUGUGGCCUUUUAGUGGUAUUUAUUUUUGCAAGGAGCACUUUGAUCCAAGCAUUGCUCCUGCAAUGUUUUUUGUUAGUCUUCUUUUUUUUUUUUUUUUGUGUUGUAAUUGCAGGGUUACUGAAGCAAGACAAAAAAAAAUGGCAAAGUUAAGCUGUAGAUGUUGCCGGCUGUCUUCGGUAGUCCACCACGAAAACUGUUUCUCACAAAUGUAGAGUGUUGGACUGUUUUGUUAGGUUGUGUAAGCAAUGCCCGCACAGGACGUUUUUUUAGGUUUAACGGGACAUUCAAAGAAAAGUGUGUGGCUCGUGAAAAACUGCAAUUUUUUUAAACUGCCUUCGCAGUGUGUCAUGUAGGUGCGUUGUUCGGCUCGUGCUGUCAGAAUUCAGGACGCACUACUGCCGGCCCUUUUCAAACUCUACAAGGCGUCUUAGAGGUUUUAACCGUGUAGCGUAUACAAUUCAGGUUUUCUUCGUUUUUUCCGAGAUUUAUUCAUCGCUAAAUCCUCGUUUCCCGCACUGUCACAAAACAAUGGAAUGGACCUGUAUCGUGGGUUUUCUGUAAAUAUGUAAAAGGUUUGUUCCUUGGUGUAUUUCUCAGUUCAGACAAAAUUAUAGUUAGGUUUUUCUUACAAUGCCUGCCUAAAAUGGAAUCUUUCUAGCCUAAAACUAAAAUGUUUUGAAAACUUGUCGCAAGAGCAACUGUAAUUUUGUCGUAACUCGCUUGAAGCCUAACGAUGCAAAGUGGUCAGUGCAUGGAUCUAUCGGUCUUUUUUUUUUCUCAUUAAAGUGUUUCAAAACUAUCUCCACAAAGUGAAUAGUGCAAUGUUUGAACAAACUCCUACUGCCUAAGGCUCUUGUUAAAAGAUUGUCCACCCAGUCUCCAGUUUUUUCGCCCAAUCGCGAAAGAUGUCCACUUCCACCACGGCCUUUCCUUUGGUGCAAGUUUUCGUCUUUGUCUUCGCAGAAUGCGAGAGAUUAGUAGCCGUCCCUCCCACCUUGAGUAGUCAUUUCUUUUUUUCUUUAAUUCGGAGGGCAUGCCAUAUCAAGUACAGUCGCCACAACCGUAACUUCACACCACCCGAGCCUAUAGUCCUGUGCUCCUGAAAACGGGAAUGGCGGCAACUCUGUUAUCUCGCUGCUGGCUGUUUUCGCGUCCUUCAGGGCAUUGCCGCAAAGGGUUGCAUGGUUGAGUAGCGCAACUGGAGAAGCUCUUCGAGGUCUCGUUCGACUGCAUGGUUGAGUUGCGCAACUGGAGAAGCUCUUCAAGGUCUCGUUUGAUUGCAUGGUUGAGUUGCGCGUUGUUGGGCCGCCUUUGGGCCGUUUCGAGUCUUAAGGGUAACUAAGGGGAGUACAUGUCUGUGUAUAGCUCUACUCUCGACAUUUCCUUUAUAUUUUUAGUUAAAUGUCGAGAUUCAGAGUUGAUCUUGGUGUCUGUGGUUUAACAAACUCUGAAGUGUGGUUGUGUGCUUUGUCCUCUGCCAAGAAAGCAAUCUAGCUCCCCCUCUCUUUUUCUUACUGUAUUCUCCUGGUGUAUUGCACGUCAUCACCCGAUGAACGUGUGCCAUUAAAAGUGGAUUAAAUUUUAGGUUUCGACGAGUG